GGGUGUGGUGGACUCAGGUGAAAUAGCUUUUACCUAUGAUGGUGGAUUCUCAAGAUGCUGAUGUGAUUCCUCCACACAGUACCGAUGAGAAAGUGACCCAGAGCUGGAGGAAGAAGAGGAAGAAGAGGAGGAAAUGGCAGCUUCUCAGGGACUUCUGAGAGUCGAGGAUGUGGCCAUCGAUUUCUCUCCAGAGGAGUGGGAAUGUCUGGACCUCGGUCAACGGGACCUGUACAGAGAUGUGAUGAUAGAGAUCUGUAGGCACCUGGUCUCCUUGGAGUAUGUUAUCUCUAAGCCAGACCUGGUUCGCUUGUUGGAGCAAAAGACAGAUCCCUGGGAUGUGAAGGGAAUGGAGACAGUAGCCAUACAGCCAGGGAGGAUUCUCUCUCACAUCCACAUGGAGAGCCAGAAUCCUGGUCUUGACUUGUGA